AUGAUUCGUCAGAAUUAUGAAAUGAAGGUCAACAACCACCUCCGUCGUCAGGUCACCCUGGAAUUGAUGGCUUCUUACCUUUACCAAGCCUAUGGAAGUUUCUUCGACCGAGCUGAUAUUGCCUUACCCGGAGUAAAGAAAUUCUUCGAAAGUUCAUCUAAAGAAGAACGAGAUCAUGCCGACGGUUUGGUUGAAUACAUCAACAAGCGAGGUGGAAACAUGCAAUUCGAGGAUGUUAAAAGCGCAGUUGAAGAUUGGAAACACGCCCUCAUUGCUAUGGAAGAUACCCUCGUGAUUGAGAAAUACGUGAAUUCCGAGUUAUUGAACAUUCACAAACUCGCCUCCAACAACAACGAUCCUCAUCUUACCAACUUCCUUGAAGAUAAAUACUUAGAUGAACAAGUUGAAGCCAUCAAGAAACUGGGAGAGUACAUCACCCAACUCCGCCGCUUCAAGAACGACUAUAAACUCGGGGAAUAUAUCUUUGACCAACGUCUGAGCUAG